AUGGGUGCCUGUGUGCUCCUCCCGGGCCUCCUCCUCCUGCUGCUGCCCCGCCCCGCCCCAGCCCCCUGCCACACGGCCGCCCGCUCCGAGUGCCGCCGCAACCGUCCGUUUGUGCCCGGCUCAAUGCUGGCUGGGGAGGGCGUGGACGUGACCAGUCUCAGGCGCUCGGGCUCCUUCCCGGUGGACACAGAGAGCUUCCUGCGGCCCGACGGCACCUGCACUCUCUGCCACAACGUCCUGAAGCGGGGCGCCCUUCAACGCCUCCCUCUGGCACUGACUGACUGGCGUGCCCAGGGCUCAGGCUGCCAGCGCCAAGUGGUCAGGGCCAAGGCCAGUUCCACCGAGGCCGUGGCCAGGGAAGCAGCCAGCAACAUCCGCAACGACUGGCGGGUGGGGCUGGACGUGUCUCCCAAACCCAGCGCCAACAUGCAUGUGACCGUGGCUGGCUCGCACUCCCACAUGGCCAACUUCGCGGCCCAGAAGACCUUCCACGACCAGUACAGCUUCAGCACUGACUUGGUGGAAUGUCGCUUCUACAGCUCUCACCUGGUACACUCUCCCCCACUCCACCCCAACUUCCAGAGGGUCGUCAGAGACCUGCCCCCUGACUUCAACACCUCCACCGAGGCCGACUACCUCCGGCUCAUCUCCAACUACGGCACCCACUUCAUCCGGUCCAUGGAGCUGGGCGGCCGGAUCUCGGCCCUCACCGCCCUGCGCACCUGUGAGCUGGCCCUGGACGGGCUCGGGGCCAAAGAGGUGGAGGACUGCCUGGCCGUCGAGGCCCAGGUCAGCAUAAGUGGCCAUGCCGACUCUUCAUCGGAAUUCAAGGCCUGUGAGGAGAAGAAGAAGCACCACAAGAUAACCACCUCCUUCCACCAGGUCUAUCAGGAGCGCUUUUCCGAAAUAGUUGGUGGCCACCACACCUCCGUAAGUGACCUGCUGUUUGGGGACCAGGCCGGGCCCGAGCAGUUCUCAGCCUGGGUGACCUCGCUGCUGGACAGACCCAGCCUGGUGGACUACACCCUGGAGCCUCUGCAUGUGCUCCUGGAGAGCCAGGACCCGCGGCGGGAGGCCCUGCGACAGGCCGUGAGCAAGUACGUGAUGGACAGGGCCCGCUGGAAGGACUGUAGCAGGCCUUGCCCCCUGGGGCAGAAGAAGAGCCCCCACAACCCAUGCCAGUGUGUCUGCCACGGCUCAGCGGUCACCAACCAGGACUGCUGUCCCCGGCAGAGGGGCCUGGCCCACUUGGAGGUCAUGAACUUCCAGGCGUCAGGCCUGUGGGGAGACUCUUUCACUAGGACGGACGCCUACCUGAAGGUCUUCUUUGGAGGCCAGGAGCUGAGAGUGAGCACAGUGUGGAACGAUAACAACCCCAAGUGGAUGACGCAGCUGGAUUUUGGGGACGUGAUCCUGUCCACGGGGGGGCCUCUGAGGGUGCAGGUCUGGGACCAAGACCACGGCUGGGACGAUGACCUCCUCGGCACCUGUGACCAGAACCCACGGUCUGGCUUGCACGAGGUGAGGUGUGGCCUGUCCCACGGUCACCUGAGAUUCUCCUACCAUGCCAAGUGCUUGCCUCACCUGAAGGGGGCCACCUGCCUGGAGUAUGCCCCCCACGGUCUUCUGGGGGAGCUUCCCGGAAACCGGAGUGGGCCGGUGUGGUGA